AUGAGUGACAUUCCUGGUUUGGUAAAACAAGAACAAUCUAGUGAAAAAAAUAUAACAAGUGAGAAUAAUACUAAAAAUCAAAUAGAAACUCAAACUAUUUCAAGAUCAUCAAGUUUUGAUGAACAAUUGAAAGAUUCUGAUAAUAUUAAGAAAAUAGGUAUUUUAUGUGUCUCUCCAGGUUUAGAUACUGAUAGAAUGGAUAGCCAUAAAUUAAGCACUAUAAAAAUUUCAAAAGAUAUUGAAAAAUCUCAAAAGGAAACAAUUAUGAAUCAAUUAUCUUCAAAUGCUAAUGAAGAUGCUACCAACACAGUUGGUACAACUAGCGUAACUUUAGAAAUUGAUUCAAUGAAUAAUUCCAAUGCUAACGGUACUGGUAAUUUGUCAACCCCUGUUACUGAAAGGACAGAUUUAUCAACAAACUCCUUACCUUCAUCUUUGACUUCUGCCUCCUCAGGAAAGGAAAGCUUUAAUGAAACUGAUUUGAAAACUUUGAGUAAAAUAUCUUUGAAAAGGAAAAGAAUACCUUCUCCUUUAAACUUAUCAAAGUCUUAUGAUCAUUAUUCUGCAACUACUUCGGAUGCUACUCCAAUUAAUCAAGAUUAUAAUAGUAAUAGCAGUAAUAGCAAUAUUGGUGGUCAUACUAUUAAUGGUAAUUCGAAAUCAACUUAUCAAAGUGCUCCUCCUCAUAUCACUAAACAUGUUAUUAGAAAAAAACCAAGAGUUCAAUAUUUAGGCAAAUCUACUGGUAUUCCAAAUGCAAGACAAAUGAGAUCAAUGCAAAUGUACCCUUCAUAUAAUCAGAGAUCAAGAACUCCUUAUGGUCAGUUUUAUCCGAAUCUCAUGAUGGACCCUUACAUGUCUCCUUAUCAUGGUCAGAUGUCUGGGUAUCCACUGAGAACUCCUUUUCAAAGUCAAUUUAAUCCACAAUUCUUUGGAUAUCCAAGAACUGCAGUACCGUACACUUCUCAAUCUCAGUAUUAUAAAGAUUUCCCAAGAAAUUCUGGAUUAACAAGUCCAGCUGGUUCUAAAAAUAACUCUCCUAAUAGUCGUGGUCCAAGUUCUUCACCUUUAGGUUCUACUUCAAAUAUUAAUGCAUACUCUAGUAACCCAUCUAGAUACCAACAAUCUUCGACAGAAAUAAAAUAUUACGAUGAGAACAAACAAAACAUUGAUAGAAAUAAUGAUAAUGAUAAUGCUAAUAGUUCUGAUGAUAAUGAUGCUACAGGUGGAAAUGAUGAAGAUGAUGAUGAUGAUGAAAAUGAUGAAAAUACGGAUUUAGCCAUAGCUGCAGAUGAUGAACCACCUCAAGUUAUUGCAGUCAACAAUGACUCGUCUCAAUCUUCAUUGAUGCAAGGUGAAAUACGUCUAUUAAGGCAUACGUUUAGUUUUGAAUUCCCAUUAGCAACCACUACGUUUGAGAAAAAAAUUGAUAAGAAAAUGUUUAUGAGCAUUUGUGAUAAAGUUUGGGAUGAAUCGCAAAUACUUUUUACAAGGGAAACUAGAUAG